CCUGCAUGGCCUCGAUGGUCCGCUCGCUUGCUCUUUACUCGAGCCGUCAUCUGCUUAUCCUCUGCUCCCCCUUCAUUCUCCCCUCCUUCACUGACGCACAGCGUCACCGAUGUUGUUCUGCACCUGUGCCCUCGCCCUGACCGGCAGCGUCUUCCUCCCCACCGCCACAGGCGCUCAUCACGGCGUGCACGCACGAGACUACCCCGUCCCCCGCUCCCCUAAACGCAAUCGCAUCCGCUCGAACGUCCAUGGGCAAUACCAUCCGGAUCCUCAGCGCGUUCUCGCUGCACGUGCAGAGGCGCCCCCUCUUGAAAUUCGCGCACUUAGUCAGUCGGGAGAUCCGGCUAAUCGAGUAGACAUGAUCUUCUUCGCGGAUGGUUACACCGAGGAAGAAAAGGACAAGUUCUUCGACGACGCGGCAUGGCUAUCGGAAGACAUCACGGCGAACGUGACUUUCGAUACCGUCAAGCCAUUGCUGAACUUCUGGGCGGCGUUCACGGCGAGCAAUGAUAGCGGCAUCGGCACGAAUGGUACACAGCUUGACACAGUAUAUGGCCUGUACAGGGACGGGACUGAGCUGCGUGGCGUGUACAUCGGCAAAGAGGAUGUCGCGCGCGCUGCGUGCGAUUCUCUAGGCAACCAGUGCGAUCAUCCGGUCAUCAUAGGCAACAGCGAUCUCUAUGGAGGUAUUGGCGGCGAUGUGGUAACCAUAACCCCCUCCAAAGCUAACGGCGCAUCUAUCCUGCGACAUGAAUCUGGCCACAACAUUAUCCAGAUUGGCGAGGAAUACGACGGCAUCGAAGACGGUGGCUACUUCGGGCGCAACACCCUGCUGUCCCUCGACGACCCUAUUCCAUGGGAGCCCUGGCUCACCGAACCGACGUCCAAUGGCACCGGGCCUCGCGUAGAACGCGCUGUCAUGCCCCUCCAAAACUACGCCUGGACGCUGCUGAACACUACCACGCCGUUCUCGCAGUCAUUCACCUCUGAUGGUACCUUUGCAUGGUGGCUCGCACGGUUCUCCCUCUCUGGUCUACCCUCAGCAUCCGACGUGCUUGUCGAAGUGGACGGUCAAGAUCUAGGAUGGCAGCCGCACGAGGGGAUCGGUCUGGAUCGGUACUUUUACGAUAUUGUGAACAGGGACACGCCUCCGAAGGAAGGCGAGCAUGAGGUGCGAUUUACGCUGCGGAAUGCGAGCUUGGAAGGGCAAGCGCAGUUGUGCAGUGUGGAAAUUCUGGAGUUUGGUAGCGAAGAUGAAUUUCACUCCGAGCCAGGCUACUACGGCCUCUUCCCUUCAUACACUGACACCAACCACACGGCAUACCGCCCGACGAACGACGACUGCGUCAUGCGACAGGUGACGACCCCCAACUACUGCAACGUCUGUCUGGAGGGAAUGUGGAACAACCUCCUAUCGGAGAUCAGCCUCAUCGACAACGUCACUGAAAGCUGUAGCGGAAGCACAAAGACCCUCACCGCUUCCCUCGUUCCCCUCGCGUAUCUGCGCACCGAACCUGUGUCCGCCGAGGAGAGCCUCACGAUUGCAUGGACGAAGGACGGCGUUGCCGUCGCGGACGCGAACAACCAAACAUCGGUAUCGCUCGUUGGGACCGAGGCGGUUGGCGUGUAUACCGUCAGCGUGGAAUAUGCAACGUCAGAGGUACGAACGAGGGACAAGGAGGAAUAUUUCAGGGCAAAUAUGACGCAUGAAGUGAAGGAAGGGUGUUGAGGAGGAAGAAGCCAUCCAGAGCCGCGUCUUGCAUCGCCUUUGUGUGGUCAUGAUGUUGGUCUGGCGAGCCUGCCGGUCGACAGGCAUAGUCGGGCGACGCAGGAUUGAGAGUCCGCGGACGCUACGAAGGAGGGCUUGUUAUUAGUACAUAAGCAACCAAAUGACAAGAUAUCGUGUACAUUGAGACCUAAGACUCCUCUACAAGAGCUCGCACACCCAAGGGAACAGGGUCAUGGGUAUGAUACGGUCCCCUGCUCGUUCCCAACACAAAGCAGACACCCUUCACCCUGCAGGCAAAUCAGUCCUCAGGCCUCGGGAUCCAGCCGGUUCUCAUCUCACUCACCUAUCAUCCGCCGCAAUCUUCCCCUUCGACUCGCCCCCACAUUUCCCCCACCUCAAACUCGCC